AUGCCCUCGACCGCGUCAUUGUCGCCUUAUAUAUGUGCUCGCUGUGUGCGGGCGAAGCGCUGGGGAUUUGCCGCUCAAGCUUCGAUCCCAAUUCGCCGCAUCGCUCCUGCAACUGUACGACGAUAUGCAGAAUCAGCUGCGCAACGGAAGGAGGAUGGAGAAGAGUACCAAGCGAUUGAUAAUGGGACGCUUGAUCACAAUGGAGAAGCUUCAGAUUCACAAGCCAAGGAUGAAGGCGCCAUGACGCGAAGGCUACGAGACAUGAGCGACGAAGCUCUGGAAACAGGUGGUCGCAGCGCACAAAAGACAGUCUCCGAAGCUGGAUUCAGCGAAGGCCUCAAAAGACAGCUGGAGGAGCGCAUAUCUUCCGCAAGUUUCCGUGCCGAACACCGCAAUGCCUUCGCCGAAGCAGAGCUUCCAUCUACCGCCGGUCGACACACGCGCGACAUCGCGACCGCAGAUCCAUGGUCUGGGACCGAAAGUAUACACGAUGCGAGCUUGCGCAUGCUCAAUGACGCCCACAAGCCGCUCAAGCUCAAGGGAUCAGGGAAGACUGGCACGGUGGUACAAUUACCGCGGACCGUAGACACGGGACGAAAGAGUAAUGCAGGCCAGGGCGUGAGGCUAGCGAAUGCGCGGGAUAGGAGUGGUCUAUAUUCAAGCUUGAAGGACUCUGAAAUCGAUGAGCAAGAGCGGCAGAAGCGCUUUCAGGAGCUGAAAGAUCGUUUCUCGCCCCACGCACGCGCCGUUGUACCAGGCACUAUCCAAGGACUUGCCGCUCUUGCAAACGAGCGUAUUGAAGAUGCAAUUGCGCGAGGCCAAUUCAAGAACCUGCCCAAUCGUGGAAAGCAGGUGGAGCGCGACCACAAUGCUUCGAGUCCGUUCAUAGACACCACGGAGUACUUCUUGAACAAGAUGAUCCAGAAGCAAGAGAUUGUGCCGCCGUGGAUCGAGAAACAGCAGGAGUUGGUCGCAACAGCGAACAAGUUCCGCAGUAGGUUACGCGCUGAGUGGAAAAGACAUGCGGCUAGAAUAAUCGCGAGUAAAGGAGGCACACUGCAGGAGCAAAUAAAGAAAGCAGAAGCUUACGCCAAAGCGGAGCUGAACGCGAAUCCCCAGAAAAAGAAGGAAGUUCUCAGUACGGUCGACAACGAUGGUCAUGUUUCGCAGAUCUCUCUGUCAGGCGAGUUGAAACUGCCUUCGCCAGGGUCUCCAGAUGCCGCUCUGUUCGAAAAGAUAGUAGCUGAGAAGGUCACACUCGAUGCGGACUCACAGACAACACCUAUCACUGAAGAGGUGCAGACCUCCCAGACUGUGGACAUGCCUGUUCCCACCCCUACGCCUUCCACACCUCCGGCCACUCACCCCUUCCGUGACCCUACAUGGGAGUCCAUAGAGCACGCUUAUCAUAAGCUCGCCAUCGAGGACCUGAACUCCAAGACCCGCUCGUAUAAUCUCCAAGCGCCGGACCUGGCCAAAAAGCCAUACUUCAACCUCUCGCGCGAGCUUAACGCCUGCUACGCCGAUGUCGCUCCCCAGCUAGCCUCUGCCAUUCGCGAGCGCGCUAUCAAACCUAUACGCAAGACCGAAGGCUUUGGUCAGAGUCUUGCUGGUGGUGGAGGUGUCAUGCACAGCUUGGUCGGUCAGAAGGUCAAGGUGAGGGACGAGAGGUCAGAGAAGCAAUACGGAUUCAGGCAAUUCUGGAAGGAAGUGUGGGGAGCGAAGGAAGCGUAG